AUGACACAACCCAAUAUUAGAAAAGUGAUUGUCGUGGGUGCCGGGCCUGUCGGGCUUCUCACAGCUCUGAUGCUGGGUCAGAAAGGAAUUCCUGUCGAUGUGUUAGAAGCCAAUGACCAGGUCAACAGCUCUCCUCGCGGACUCGCUUACGGUCCUGCUGCGGUGAGGUAUAGAAGAGUCCUGCACCGAGCCGGCAUACUGGAGAAGACCAUUGAAAAAGGAUUUAGUGCAGGUAGUGUGGCAUGGAGAAAGCCUGACGGAGCAUUGAUCAUUGACCUUGACCGUCUGGACAUACCUGUAGAGGGUCUGCCACAUAGCGUCAUCUUACCUGUCGGCUCGUUAUCUGGAUUGCUCGUGCAAGAGACCCAAAACUACCCGAGCAUCACUGUCCAUUGGAAUCAUCGAGUUACUGGAGUUGGCCAAGACAGUGUCAAGUCCUGGGUCCAAGUCCAGGACACAUCAUCAGGAACUUCAACUACGAUGGAGGCCGACUUUGUCGUCGGCUGCGACGGAGGCACCAGUGCCGUGAGAAAGUCGCUGUCUGGAGGUAGCUUCCCUGGAUAUACCUGGCCCAUGCAGUUGAUUGCCGUAAAUGCAUCCAUCGACUUUGACAGAUUGGGAUUUAGUGACGCCCAAUGGGUCAUUCAUCCCGAACACUGGUUUGUCAUUGCCAGGAUCAACAAGCAAGGAAUGUGGCGUAUUGUUUAUGGCGAGACUCCUGGUCUGUCGAUCGACGAGGUCCGGACUCGUCUGACUGACAAGUUUCGCAAACACCUCCCAGGCAUGCCAGAGCCCGACCAGUAUACGUUGCAUAAUGUCACGCCCUAUUCGAUUCAUCAGAGAUGUGCUGAGAAGAUGCGAGUGGGAAGGGUAAUGUUGGCAGGAGAUGCUGCACACCUUAACAAUCCCAUGGGUGGACUGGGCCUCACAACAGGCGUUGCGGACGUAGGUAGUCUGAUCGACUGCCUUUACGGCAUCCACGACGGACUAGCAUCCUACCGUAUCCUUGACAAGUACGAUGAGAUGCGUCGGCAGAUCUUCCUGAACGGAACGGAUGUUAUUUCCACCGAAAACUUCAAACGCAUCAUGCAAGAUGCUGAAGGAGUCGCGCAAAGAGAUCCAGUUCUGCAGCUUCUGGCCCAAGCGAAAACAGACUCCAAUAUUGCUGCGUCUUUGGCAAAGGCACGUAAACCCCUUUCCCCUUUACAGCAUUUCCUGCAAUAA